AGGAGACCUGCUGCGGAGUGGGUGCGCGAGAGUGGGUGCGGCCAGUGUGGCGCAGCAGGCUAGGGUUGGGGGUCACCGCCUUGCACCCCCUGGGCCCGCUGCACAGACCCGGAGCCCCGCGAGCGGGUGGCUUUGCUGUGACUUGGGUGCCGCGCCGCGCCCCCUUCCUCCCCAGACGCGCACAAUCUUCUGUGGCCCGGGGACCCCGCGGGCGGCCACGCGGGGCGCGUUUGCACCUAGCCGGGGGCGCGCGAUGCCACUUGGCCUGGCCGCCCCCCUCGAGCGCCGCGCGGGGGACUCAGCCCGCGUCUGAGCGGCACCGGCUGCGCGCUAGCUGCGGGGAGCCCCAAGGCAGGACCCUGAAUCAGCCUCUCUUCUGACAGCCGACUGCUACUGCCACCAGUGUCCCCUACCUGGACCUGUCCCUGUCCCACCACCUCUCAGCAGGAGCCCAGCAUGAAGGAAGGCAUGUCUAACAACAGUACCGCCAGCAUCUCCCAGGCCAGGAAAGCCGUGGAGCAGCUGAAGAUGGAGGCCGGCAUGGACAGGGUGAAGGUCUCCCAAGCAGCCUCGGACCUCCUGGCCUACUGUGAAGCCCACGUGCGGGAGGACCCCCUCAUCAUCCCAGUGCCUGCCUCGGAAAACCCCUUCCGGGAGAAGAAGUUCUUCUGCACCAUUCUUUAACGCCCGUGGUGACGAAGAUGCAGCAGGCUCUUUCCUGCAGUAAAAAGUCCCGUGUAGAGAUGUGCACGCUCCCGUGUAGAGGCAUGCCACCCACACGCACCCCAUCUCUGUUCGACCAAUCGUCAUCUGGGCUCAUCUCGGUUUACCAUAUUUCCUUCAUGAUACCGUUUCUUUUUUUUUAUUUCAUUUUUGUUAUUUCCUUACACAGAGAAGAAAACAGUCAUUUUUAUAGCCAAUAACAAAUGUGCCAUGUAAAAGUGUGGAUUUAAGGGUAUACAGUUUUUAAAUAUUCAUUCCCAACUGUAGAUAUAUCCAGUUAAUAAAUUUCAGUGUAACUCAUUGAAACCAAAACCAUGCCCAAGUGUCUCCCAAGCACUGUGAUUCAGUAUCAAACGAGAGCCUAUCGGCCAGCCACACGUGAGGGCGAGGUCUCUUUCUCCUCUGGCAUCUCUGUCAGGGGCCGUGUGCCAGGCCCUGUCUAUGGCUAAUGUCUCCACCUGCUUCUCACCGAACAUUCCAGAGCUGAUGUUUCUGAAAAACGCAUUUGUGGUAUAGACACCCAGGCAGCCUUGACUGUAGAUACUCACAGGACAGCCCCACUGGCCACCGCCUCAGUCCAAAUGCCACUCUUCCUGCUUGCUUCCUCCUGCUUGGUGUCUCUAGUAAGGCGAGGAGUGCAGUUCUGGCCCCUCUGGAAUCUCAGCAGAAUCCUCCCUGCCCUGAGAGAGUGGAUCAGAGUGAGUCAGAGUGAGUCGCGUUGCCGCUCACCGAUCUGAGACAUGACGGAUGCUAACAUCGCCGCUCUAACCAUAAACAUUACAGGGUGGGUCUGGCUUAGAGACCGAGUAUCCGGGGGACAGAGAAAUGACGCUUGCUCAAGGCUGCAGACAGAGUGUCGGCAAACCACAACUUCCAUAUGUGGGUAGCUCAUCCCUAAAGCUCUUCCUGAACCCCUGAAGUGUGGCCGCCUGUUGCGGGUGUACAGCACCAUAAACAAUACCUAACUAACUGCACGCCAGGAAGGAAGCAAACACAUUUGCCCACCAACUGGCUGUCCCCUCUCUCCCACCUUUGCUGGGAGAAGUCUCACCAACCUUGAUUCUGGCCAUGUGUGAUAGAUGAUAUGUGGGUUCUCCAAGACCAGAUAGCAGUAAACCCUGGGGGUUCCCAGCACAAGGUUGUGGGCCCCACCUAGAGUACCCCCCUGCCCUCCUGAUAAAGGCACGGCUGCUGAGGUCUAGUGGGGACGUUUGCUUUGUAGAUAUUUGGAAAUUGCCGCUCCUCUGGCUCUCGGAGAGGCUUGCUGUGCUGCUGGGCAAGCCGUUGUGUGCCAAGCUGUGACAAACAGCAAACUGCAGACAAUGUUAAUCACCCCUCUUGCUCUUCUGCCAGGGCAGAAACUACGUAAGGCUCUGAUUAUCCUUGAAAACCAAUAUAUGCUAGAUGACAGCCUGUAAUGUUGGGAAGAGUAUGUGACUUCAUAGAUACCAUGCUUCUGAUGAGGAGGAAUGUAAAAAUGUCAUUUUAUUAUAUUAUCAUGGGUUUGUGCCUUGCUACCCUCUCAGCUUUUGUGGAAACCGUUCUAAGUUUUGCUGCUGUACAUGAGAUAAGACGCUAAGAUUCCGUGAGGUUUGGUUGGGCUAUAACAAGAUCUCUGUGGCCCAUGUUGGCAUCAUUAACCUGACAGAGUACGUCAUGAUCCGCAAAAGCCCAGGAAGUGGGACAGCACCAAGCCUGGCAAAAUAGAUCGGAAGAAGAGUGUGCUUUAGUCUCCUGCCAAACUGUCUCUGUUCUACUGUCCCCCGUUUCCAGCCAUCUUUCUUACAUCCUCCUGUGGAUGGUGUGUCCACUAGUAACUGUCCCAGGAAGACACUCCCGUGCCACACCGGGGAUCCAUUGAGCCUUCUCACCCCCAACUUCUCUCUAUUUAUCCCCAGACUUGGUUUUUUUUUGUUUUUUUUUUUUUUUGUUUUUCGAGACAAGGUUUCUCUGUGGCUUUGGAGCCUGUCCUGGAACUAGCUCUGUAGACCAGGCUUAUCCCCAGACUUGUUAACUGCCAGAGUCUCUGAGAUCCAUCCAGUAAACUCAUUAUUCCAUGAAAUUUCCUCAUUUGGAUGCAAAUGUUGUGUGACCUCAACUCCACUCCUGAGUAAAAACUCGACAAACAUGUGUACAUACCGUCAGAAGGAAUGUGCUGGAGUGUCCAUGGAAGCCCUGGUCAUAGUCACCCCUAAGCAGAAGGCCCCUUAUGCCCGUGUUGAAGGGCUAAGCUGAUGAGGGUCAUUCCCAUGGUGGUCUCAGCUCCACCCACAGCUCACUGAGAGGCUUGCUGGCCUGGUGGGGAAACUGAGAGCAGGCAAGCCCAAGCCUACCGUUCCGUUUUCACACAGCACAGGCCGGCAGGCCAACCCAUGCUGAUUCAAGGAGGAACAGUAGCUGCUCUCAAAGGGGCAACAGAGGGGCCCACGAGAGGCUUCUGGAACGUUCUGUCUCUGUAUCUAGCUGCCUGUCAUCUUGAUAUGUCUAGUUUGUGAAAGCUCUCCCGGCUGUCUCCUUUCGGGUGCUUUUCUGUACGUGUGUGAUACUUCAAUAAAAAGUUGGGUUUUGUGACUACCAACCGGA